AUGACAAUUAAAAAGAAAGAAGACACCUGGGUCCAGCUAACCGCUGACUUCAAUGCUUCUGUGGGGAUUAAGGACAAGCGCGAUGGGAGAUAUGCAUUUAAGCUGCUGAAUGAUUUAUUUGUGAAUUACACCAAUGCAUUGAGGCCUGUGGAGGACACGGACAACAUCAUUAACGUCACCUUACAGAUCACUCUCUCCCAGAUCAUCGACAUGGGGAGAUAUGCAUUUAAGCUGCUGAAUGAUUUAUUUGUGAAUUACACCAAUGCAUUGAGGCCUGUGGAGGACACGGACAACAUCAUUAACGUCACCUUACAGAUCACUCUCUCCCAGAUCAUCGACAUGGAUGAAAGAAACCAGAUCCUCACAACAUACUUGUGGAUUCGUCAGGUGUGGUUUGAUGCCUACCUCACCUGGAAUAAGACAGACUACGAUGGGAUUGAUACCAUCCGUAUACCUAGUAGUUAUGUAUGGAGACCCGAUAUUGUCCUAUAUAACAAUGCAGAUGACCAUUUCUCCAGCUCUAUGGAGACCAAUGUGGUGAUCCGCCAUGAUGGCCAGAUUAUGUGGGACAAGCCGGCAAUAACCAAGAGCUCCUGCAAAGUAGAUGUGUCUUACUUCCCUUUUGAUGCACAGCAGUGCCGCCUCACCUUUGGCUCUUGGACCCACAAUGGCAACCAAAUGGAUCUUCAUAAUGCCCUGGACAGUGCUGAUCUGGCUGACUUUGUGGAGAACGUAGAGUGGGAGGUUCAGGGAAUGCCUGCAAAGAAGAACAUUAUUCUCUAUGGAUGCUGCUCGGACCCCUAUCCAGAUAUCACUUACACACUUCACCUGAAGAGAAGAGCUUCCUUUUACAUCUUUAAUCUGCUCAUUCCCUGUAUGAUGAUCUCCUUCUUGGCUCCGCUAGGCUUCUACCUUCCAGCCGACUCUGGAGAGAAAGUAUCUUUAGGGGUCACAGUGUUACUAGCCCUUACCGUCUUCCAGCUUCUGGUUGCUGAGAGCAUGCCUCCUUCAGAGAAUGUGCCACUCAUUGGGAAAUAUUACAUAGCUACAAUGACCAUGAUUACAGCUUCUACAGCCCUGACCAUCUUCAUUAUGAACAUCCACCACUGUGGACCAGAGGCUCAACCUGUUCCUGCAUGGGCACGUCGCUUUAUCCUGCAGUACUUGGCUCGAAUUUGCUUUGUCUAUGACAUGGGAGAGAGCUGCCUGUCUGUGCACACAGACAAACCUGCGCAGAAGGGAAGCAACUACACUUUAAAUGGCCAGGCUGAGGGUGAGGACUUCACUCUGAGGCUUUGGGAAUGGAUUCUGCUGUCUGUGUUCAUCAAUCCCAAUGUUUCCACAGGGAAAUAUUACAUAGCUACAAUGACCAUGAUUACAGCUUCUACAGCCCUGACCAUCUUCAUUAUGAACAUCCACCACUGUGGACCAGAGGCUCAACCUGUUCCUGCAUGGGCACGUCGCUUUAUCCUGCAGUACUUGGCUCGAAUUUGCUUUGUCUAUGACAUGGGAGAGAGCUGCCUGUCUGUGCACACAGACAAACCUGCGCAGAAGGGAAGCAACUACACUUUAAAUGGCCAGGCUGAGGGUGAGGACUUCACUCUGAGGGUACGAGGCGUUUCAGCUGGUGAAGGGUGUUCACAGAAGAUAAAAGAUCAAUUAAAUGAAGAUGUCAGUCCAACCUUAUCACCAUGGCAAGGAAAAGAGAGCCAUUCUGGCUGGAUAGAUGGUACCUGUGUGGAUAUUGACCAUGGAGAGGUUGCAGGAGCUACAGCAGAGACAGUGAGUGAGAGCGGAGCAACUGGGAAAGAAUCAGCAAAGAAGAGGGAGAUACUUGUUGAAAGUCAGUGUUUAUUCCAUCAGCAAAACAUCCUGAGAAAUAUUGAGUACAUCACUAACUUUUAUCAAGAACAGAAGGCCACACAGAGACGAAAUGGGGAGUGGCGGAAAGUUGCCAAAGUCAUGGAUCGCUUUUUUAUGUGGAUAUUCUUCAUCAUGGUCUUCUUCAUGAGUUUGCUUAUUAUAGGGAAAGCUGUCUGA